GAGAAAGAAAGGGUUCAUAGACUGUGGGUUCAGUGCACUUGUUCGCUUUUAACCUGUAACGUUCAUCUCUCAAUUCAAAAUUAGGUUUUCCUCUUCUAAAAUUAGGGUUCCCGUUCUUAUCCUCAUUAAUUUAGCCUAGCUUUUAGCUGUCUAUAUAAACCCCUGCUUCUCUCCAUAUCUUUCAGCUCCCCUGCAGAAAAGAGAUGUCAUUUGUGAUGGGGUGGAGUUUGUAUUGCUUCGCUGCUGCUUUAUCAGCGCUCUUGUUUGGGUUCUUAGUGAAAAACAGAGGAAGAACAUUCAAAUCCACAACCAAGCUCCCUCCUGGCACAAUGGGUUGGCCAUUUCUCGGAGAGACACUGCAACUAUACUCUCACGACCCUAACAUUUUCUUUGCAGCCAAACAGAAAAGAUAUGGGGAGAUAUUCAAGACCCACUUGUUGGGGUGCCCUUGUAUAAUGCUGGCUAGCCCGGAAGCGGCGAGGUUUGUUUUGAUGAACCAGGCCCACCUGUUCAAACCCACAUACCCUAAAAGCAAGGAGCUGAUGAUCGGCCCCAAUGCUAUCUUCUUCCAUCAGGGUGACUACCAUGCCCGCCUUCGUAAGCUUGUGCAGGGUGCUCUUUCUCCAGAAGUCAUCCGCUCGAUUGUCCCUGACAUCGAAGCCAUAGCUCUGCCCUUGCUCGACUCAUGGGAUGGACGAGUUAUUAACACAUUCUUAGAGAUGAAAAAGUAUACUUUUGACGUGGGGAUCCUUUCCAUAUUCGGGAGUUUAGAUUUGCAUUAUAAAGAGGAGCUCAAGAAGAAUUACUGUGUGGUAGACCAGGGCUACAAUUCUUUUCCCAACAAGAUCCCAGGCACCCUCUACAGAAACGCAGUUCAGGCGAGGAAGGAGCUGAGUAAGAUACUGGGUACGAUUAUCUCAGAGAGGAGAGAGAAGGCAAUGGAAAAGAAGAAAUUAUUGGGAAGCUUGUUGCUGAGCAGGGACGGAAACGGCGAGCCGCUUAGCGACGAGCAGAUAUCAGAUAACAUCAUUGGAGUUCUCUUUGCUGCACAGGACACAACAGCGAGUGUGCUCACUUGGGUACUAAAGUACUUAGUGGAUAACCCCAAGCUCCUCGAAGCUGUUAGGGCUGAGCAUGUGGCCAUUCAAGAAGCAAAUGAGAAUGCGAGGAAUUCUGUAACAUGGGCACAGACCAGAAACGCGAUGCCAUUAACGUCUAAGGUUAUUUCGGAGACACUGAGAAUGGCGAGCAUCCUCUCCUUUACGUUUAGGGAAGCAAUUGCAGACGUUGAAUACAAAGGGUACCUGAUUCCGAAAGGAUGGAAAGUAAUGCCACUGUUUAGGAACAUCCACCACAAUCCGGAUUUCUUUCCUGAUCCCCACAGAUUCGAUCCGUCCAGAUUCCAGGUGCCGCCAAAGCUAAAUACGUUUCUGCCAUUUGGAACUGGAGCCCAUGCUUGCCCAGGGAACGAGCUUGCGAAGCUCGAGAUGCUUAUUCUACUCCACCACCUUGUCACCAACUUCGGGUGGGAGGUGGUGGGGCCUAGACAUGGAAUUCAAUACUGCCCCUUUCCCAUCCCUAAAGAUGGGCUGCUCGCCAGAUUUCAUAAAGACCCAGCAAUUCAGGACCAUAAAAAUUCCAAUCAAUAAAAAGAGAAAAUUUUCCUAUUAUUAACAAACUGUAGGGAGAUUGGAUUUUGAGGGAGAAAGGGCAAAAGUUGACCCACAUCAUGGUUAAUUUCAGGAUCAACCUCAGAGAAAACCCCCUUAUUUUCACCAUGUAACAACACAUUGCAAUACAGGAGAAUGAUAUCAUAGUUCUUGACUCUCUCACAAAGAGGGAGAGGGUUCUGUUUUCAUCCUGUUCCUGUAUUGCUGCAAUUGUUAUUCUAGAAUAUAAUAUAAUCCCUUUUCUUGCUAAUAUU